UUCGUGGGGGUCAAAUCCAUCCAUCAAUGAUCGAUGUCUAUCUAUCCAGUGUCUACAGCCACUGGCUUUUUCUUCUAAAUUCUGCAACCCUUCCAUUAUAGAUAACGCCGGCAGAAUACUACUCCUUCUCCAUCCGUCCUCUCCCCCGACUACCCCCGGAAAUGGAUCCCAGAAUAUGGAGCGGGCUGCCGGCGGACCUCCUUGAACACGUUCUCUCAUUUCUGCCAUUAAACACCUUCCUAAACCUCAGAUCAACCUGCAAACACUUCAAAUCUCUCAUCUAUUCUCCUGCUUUCAUCUCCAAACAUUCUUCUUCUUCUUCUUCUUCUUCUUCUUCUUCUUCUUCAAAUCCCUCUUCUUUUCUGCUGCUUUCGCACCCACAGAUUCUCGAAAGCUACUCCCUCUACGACACUAUCCUCAACACCUGGCGCAACCUAUCCCUCCCCCUCCCUCCCUCGCUAUUCUGCGCACCCUCUUCUUCCUUGCUCUCCAUCUCCUCCGGCCUCAUCUGUUUCUCCCUCCCAAACGCCUCCUCUUUCCUCGUCUGCAACCUCUUGGCCGGAACUUCCAGAACUGUGAAUUUCCCAAAAUACCCAUUUCCCUUCUCCUUCGAUUCUCUCACUCUGGUUUCCACAUCCACCGGUUUCAAGCUCUUCGUGCUCCGUUGUUCUUCCGGGUCGUCAACCAACGCUUUUGUCUACGACUCAGGGCUCGAUCUCUGGGUUCACCUCAACCAAAUCGACUCAGUCUUGGGCGAUAACCAUAACUACCAUCGACAGGCCGUCGUUAACUGUAAUGGCUUCUUGUACUUCACAACCCAGGAGCCGCUUUCAAUCGUUGGGUUCUGUUUGGAAACCGGGAAAUGGGAGAGAUUGGUUGUGAAUUUAGGGGCUGAAGAUCAGCUUAGUUUUGUGAGAUUGGUGAGUGAUGGGAGUCGGAAGCUGUUCUUGAUUGGGGGAAUUGGACAGUACGGAAUUUCGAGGAGAGUGAAUAUAUGGGAAAGGGAGAGAGAGGGAGAGGAUUGGGUUGAGAUUGGGAGUGUGCCGGAGACAAUGUGCAGGAAAUUUAUGUCGGUUUGCUAUCACAAUUACGAGCAUGUUAAUGGGUUUUGGCACCAGGGUUUGAUCUGUAUAUGCUGCUACACUUGGCCGGAGAUCUUGUACUUCGAGGUUUCGAGGAGGAGCUGGCAUUGGCUGCCUAGAUCGCCGUCGUUGCCGGAGAAAUGGAGCUGUGGCUUCCGGUGGUUCUCCCUUGUUCCUGAGCUACAUGCUUUUGUUUGACACCUCCUGUUUAUGCGUUCAAUCUUUGUUCGUUUUAUUCAUGUGAAAGUGGAUGAUCGAUGUUAUCUUUACAUACAUACAUACAUACAUAGAAUGAGCUUCGUCUUUCAAUCCAAUUAUUAUACCUUUUUCA